AUGGAAACUAGGAGAUUGAUAUGGCUACUUGGGACGAUAUUUGCUGUAAUUAUGGUUGUUCAGUAUUCUGAAAUUCCAUAUGGUAGUGUUUUGUCAUCUAUACUUUCUGCUGGGAAAGCCUCAUUCGCUGGGGAAAGCAACUCCCCAGCUAAAAAUUUACCAUCUAACUCUGAUAGGGUUGGUAACACCACACUGUUAAAUGGUUUAAACUUAACUUAUAAAUAUGCACUACCGCCAACAAUUUCAUCAGUCAGCACAGCCUCUCCUCACAAUUGGGACCACAACUUAAUACCUCCUGCUAUGUCUGUAGACCUCAACAUAUAUUCAGUGCACAAAGAUGAAACAGACAUGCUUACUAAAGACGAAAAGGGACCUGGGCAGAGUAAUCUCGCUACGUCAAACAGUAAUUCUUCUUUGACUGCUCUUAGUGCAGUGAGCAACAAGUCUGAAAUGCCGGUAUUGUCAAUAGCUCAGAUGAAGGGGUUGUUGCUGCAGAGCCACUCUUCACCUUGCUCGCUGCCACCACAAUGGUCUUCGAGGGUAGACCAAGAACUACUGUAUGCAAAAUCAGAGAUCGAGAAUGCCCCCAUCAGGAAGAAUGAUACAAGACUUUAUGCACCUCUUUAUCAGAAUGUUUCGAUGUUUAUAAGGAGCUACGAGAUAAUGAAUAAAAGGCUCAAAGUCUAUAUCUACAAGGAAGGAGAGAAACCAAUCUUCCAUCAAUCAAUACUUGAAGGAAUAUACGCAUCUGAGGGAUGGUUCUUGAAGCUGUUGGAAGCAAAUAAACAAUUUGUUACUGAGGACCCCAGAGAAGCUCACUUAUUUUACUUACCUUUCAGUUCACGGUUGCUACAGUUAACACUAUAUGUCCGUAAUUCACACGGUCGUGAUAACCUAAUUCAAUACAUGAAGAAUUAUGUGGACAUGCUUGCAGUGAAAUAUCCUUUCUGGAACAGAACUGGUGGAGCAGAUCAUUUUCUUGCUGCUUGCCAUGACUGGGCCCCGGCUGAAACAAGAGGGCGUAUGCUUAAUUCAAUCAGGGCCCUCUGCCAUGCAGAUAUCAGAAUAGGUUUUGACAUUGGCAAGGACGUUUCUAUUCCAACAACAUAUGUACGCUCAGCCCAAAAUCCUCUCAAAGAUAUUGGAGGUGAGCCUCCUUCGCAGAGGUCAAUUCUCGCUUUCUUUGCUGGCAAUAUGCAUGGUUAUGUCCGACCAAUUUUGUUGAAGUACUGGGGAAAAGAUCCUGACAUGAAAAUCUUCGGUAAAAUGCCCCACGUCAAGGGCAAUAAGAACUACAUCCAGCACAUGAAGAGAAGCAAGUAUUGCAUCUGUGCAAGAGGUUAUGCAGUCCACAGCCCACGAGUUGUGGAGUCCUUGUACUACGAAUGCGUCCCUGUCAUCAUAUCCGACAACUACGUACCUCCUUUUUUUGAGGUUUUGAAUUGGGAAUCCUUUGCUGUUUUUAUCUUAGAGAAAGACAUUCCCAAUUUGAAGAAAACUCUCCUUUCUAUUUCUGAGGAUAAGUACCUGGAGAUGCAUAAGAGAGUGAAAAUGGUACAAGAACAUUUUCUUUGGCAUACUGAGCCUGUGAAAUAUGAUAUGUUUCACAUGAUUCUUCAUUCUGUUUGGUACAAUAGAGUUUUCCGAAUAAAAUCCACCUAAACCAAAUGAUACACAUCAAAAUGUACUUAUAUUCUCACUGAAAUUAGAUUGAAUGCGUAGAGCAGGUACAGCAGCUUCCAAAAUAAUCCAGGAAAUCUUUUUGGGUGCUAGUACAGAACAUGGACACUUCCCCUAAAGUGUUUCGGGCUCUAACAAGGAUACAGGACUGGUAAAACGACGUGUAACAAGGAUUUUGGCAAGACCAUUAACAUCAAGGUAAUUUGGGCAACUUGGAUGCUUACCAUCUGCAGGUGAGGUAGCACAAGAAAAGAGUAUAGCCUCUUAGCGUUGGAUUAUAUUUGCACAAGGAAAAAUUACACUUUGACCCCCUCAACCGUGUGGCCUCUCCCAAAUUUCCCCCUCAAUGAUCACAUUUCUCACAUUGUACCUCUAACUUUAGUUAUUGACUUCACAUUGAUCUCACAACUAUCAUGUUUUUCAUUUUGCACUUCAAACUAUAGUUCUUAAUUU